AUGACGCUCCAUGCGUUCGCGAACAUCCGCAUCAAAGCCAAAGGCCAUGGCGGCGAACGAGAGCGAGGGCCCGACCACUUCGUCCAGUACCAACGGUUGCGUUGGCUCGUGCUCGACGAAAUUUCCACAGUCGGCCUCGAAGUCCUAGCCACCCUCGAAAAAAAGGUCGCCCAAGCCACCCGAACCAAAGGCACUUGGAAGAACAACGGCAAGGGCGAGGCGCGACCGUUCGGCGGCCUCAACCUCAUCCUGACAGGCGAUCUCUGGCAGUUUCCACCUGUAAAAGCCACCGCCAUUUUCCAAAACCCCUUCGCAGGGGGCGCUUCCUGCCAGGUGGCCGCGCUCCAAAAGGUUUUGUGGUCACGGACUGAAUCCGGUCUCCACGCACUCUUCGAGUUGACCACCGAGCAACGUUGCGUGGACCCCUGGCUAAGCCUAGUCUUGAGACAAGCACGCCACGGCGCCAUGUCGCAGGAUGUAUGGUGCUUUCUCCAUGGGUUUCCGACCCGGUACCCAGGUGCGUGGGACUUCGACACCAAAGUUUGCCUCUGCGGCACGGCUGCCUGCCAGACCCUCCCCCUUGCAUGGGCAACAGCUCCACAUUCACCCUGGGAAGCUCGCUUAGAACAAGAAUGUCCCCAGUGCCGAAUCGAAAGACGACGCAGGUGCCUGCUAGGUCGGGAUCCAAAGUCCGCGAAAUUUGCAGCGCAACCAUUCAUUCACGGUCUCAACGCAGCCAAAUACAUAGCCACUAAUCUCAGAGCUCGGGAAGUAGCAGUUAGCCAACAGCAAACCAUCCUCUGGGUGAUCGCCGCUGACACCCCUCUUUUCCACUUGGACACCGAUGCACCGGCUGAGUUGCAAGCUCGGAAGAGCAACUGGCUGCAGCGGCAUGACCAAGCCACCGGUGGGAUUGUCGGAAUCUUGCCCUUGUUGCCUAACAUGCCUAUACGUAUCACCCAAACCUUACCAGAACUAAAACCGUUUGGACUCUUCAAAAAUACCCGUGGCACCCUAUACAGUUGGACCUUGCACGAACUUGACAUUGCACGACUCUCCCGCACGACACCCGGUGCAGAACUGGUCCUGGAAAAACUACCCUUGGCGCUCUACGUCCAGAUUCCGGGUUCGACAUGGCAACUACACCCAGCCCUGCCACCUGGCGUCGCGUGCAUCAAACCUACGGUCCAGCAGUGGACCCUGCAGCCAGGGGGCCGCGCGACCAUCGCCCGCAGAGGGUUUCCAGUGGCAUCCGACUAUUCCGGAACAGCGCAUUCCUUCAUGGGUGCUACGUUGGAAGCGUGCACCCUGGACCUAGGUUUUUGGGACACCGCCCCGUCACGGGAUGCGCAACUCAGCGCAUACAUGUGCCUCUCAAGAGUCAAACGGUGCGAAGACGUUUGUGUGACCCACGCCUUUUCCCCUAACCUAUUUCAAAACGGAGAGCUCACUGGUCCACAUACGUAUUUGGAGUUCCACCGCAAGAAGCUCUCUCUAGCACAAGCCAAAGCUCGGUUUGAAAAAGAUGCACCCAAGCGAAGACGUCAGCCCGAUGUCAUGCUCUAUUGCCGCAACUGCAGCCCUCGCAGCAAUAUGCCAGACAGACUUCUACCCCUUCGAGACUUCGAAAGCAGCCUCCAACACCAACAGAUGCACCAGAUGCAUGUGCACAUUGCAGAGGAAAACACGGUGCACGAGCCAGAGCUGACGCUCAAUGCCCAGCCUGUAUCUGGCGACAGUGAGACUUUCGUUCCAGCCUAUUUCGUAUUGCCAGAACAGAGGCGGCAGGUGCAAAUCACCAUGGAACUGCCUGUUUCAGCUCGCCCGGUGGACAUACCGAAACCGGAUUGUGUGAGCGGCCUCGUUUGUCUAGGCUCUCUCUGGGCACAGGCAGUCGAAAGUGGCGUCAAUAGGGUCGAACGAGAAGGGCUUUCGGUGGCCCAUCCUUGUCGACCCUUGGUGGUGGCCACAUGGAAUCCAGAAGAAGGUCCUUUGCGGCCCCAUUUGUUGGAUCGACUGGCGAUCUCGCUAAACACAGAUGUGGCCACUGUCUACACAGACUUGGACGAGCGAGUCAGCGCAGCCUUGUCUGCCAUCGACUUUGCAGAAAGGCCAUCGCAGUCUCUGGAAGAAAGUGCAGCGGACAUCACUGCGAUGCAGACUCAGCUUCUUUUUGCACGUGAGUUCCUCAACGACGUCAAGAUCACUGAAGAGCAGAUGGGACGCCUUGCCGAGGAAGCCAGUCGAGGUGGCUGCGAAGGUCACCGCGGUGAGGUGUUUGCCGUCAAGAUCGCCCGUGCUCAUGCUGCGCUUCAAGGCCGUGACGUUUGCAAUGCUGAAGACCUGAAACAAGCCAUCAAACUUGCAAUCCUGCCGCGCAUCAGAGUUCAGGAAGCACAAAUGCAGGAGGAAAUUGAGGAAGAGGAACCGCCACCGCCACCACCGCCACCCCCACAGCCUGACCAAGAAGACCCCGAGGAGCACACAGAUGAAUAUGAAGAGGAAGAACAGGAGGAAGAGGAAGAACCUGAUGAAGAUCAAGAUCAGGAAGACCAGGAUCCGGAUGUCCCUGAAGAGUUCAUGAUUGACCCCGAAGGUGCAGUGGUCGAUCCUGACCUCCUCAAGUUCCAGCAGAAGCAGAAGAAGAGUGGCCGCAGUGGCAAAGGCAACAAGAUCUACUCAAUGGAUCGCGGUCGGUACGUCAAGGCAAUGUUGCCAAAGGGUGGUGAUACAAAGAGUGGGAAGAUUGCUUUGGACGCCACGCUGCGAAAUGCUGUGGUCUACCAAAAGAUGAGAAGAGAAGAGGCGGCAAAGAAAUUGAAACCGGAGGAGCAGCGCAAUGUGUACAUUGAGCGCAGUGACAUUUGGGUGAAGAAGAUGGCUCGGAAGGCGGGUGCCCUGGUGAUCUUUGUCGUGGAUGCCAGUGGAUCAAUGGCCCUGAACCGCAUGCAAAAUGCGAAGGGCGCAGUCUUGCGAUUGCUUGAGAACGCCUAUCAGAAUCGUGACCAGGUAGCGCUAGUGCCUUGCCGUGGCAUCUCAGCAGAGGUUCUGGUUCAGCCAACCUCUUCUGUGGCUCGUGCCAGUGGCAGCAUGAAGGUGUUGCCAUGUGGUGGAGGAACACCCUUGGCGCAUGCCCUUUCCCAGGCCAUUCUACUUGGGACCAAUGCGAUGAAGAGUUCCGAUGUUGGCCAGGUUUGUGUGGUUGCCAUCACCGAUGGCCGUGCGAAUGUACCUCUUGCAGUCAGCGAGGGUGAUGAAACCGCUCUGGAUGAGAAUGGCAAAAUGAAGAAAGUGCCGAAGGAAGACUUGCAGGAAGAAGCCUACAUUCUUGCGGACAAGAUGAGAGCACUAGGCUUCAAGUUUUUGCUCAUCGACACAGAAAACAAGUAUGUCUCUUCUGGAGUUGCGAAGACAUUGGUUGAUCGAGCUCAAGGGAGGUAUUACUAUUUGCCACGUGCCGAUGACAAAGCCAUCGUUGAAGCCUCAGAUUUUCAACAAUUGUCAUCCAAUGAAAUGAACCGAACGGGUGAUCCGCUGAGAUGA